AUGGCUACUCUACUCAAAGCGACCACUGAGAUCCAAAAGGGAAGACUCAGUAAGAAAUCGAAAGAUAAUGCUUCUGCUGGACCCAGUGCAAGUGUCGAUAAAGGAUACAAACCAAGAAAAGAUAAAACUCUGUUAAUCUGUUCAAGAGGUGUCACUCAACGUAUGAGACAUUUGAUGAGAGAUUUAGAAGUAUUACUUCCUCAUACCAAGAAGGAUUCCAAACUCGAUACGAAAUCAUCAUUACAUCUAUUAAAUGAAUUAGCAGAUUUACAUUCGUGUUCAAAUACAUUAUAUUUUGAAGCUAGAAGACAUGAAGAUCUGUAUUUAUGGAUAUCUAGAUCACCUAAUGGACCUUCCAUCAAAUGCCAUGUUCAAAAUAUACAUACGAUGGACGAAUUGAAAAUGACGGGUAAUUGUUUGAAAGGUUCAAGAGGAUUAGUAACCUUUGAUGGAAAUUGGGAAAAUGACGAACAUACUAGAUUAAUGAAAGAAGUUUUCACUCAUACCUUUAGCGUACCUAAAACUUCAAGAAGAUUGAAGCCUUUUAUCGAUCACAUCUUACUUUUCUCUUUACUCGAUAACAAAAUUUGGUUCAGAAAUUACCAAAUAAUUGAGAAAGAUCCACUCGUACCUUCCGGACCACCUGUUCCAUCUUUAGUUGAGAUUGGUCCAAGAUUCGUUCUGACUCCUAUAAGGAUAUUCGAAGGUUCUUUCGGUGGACCAACACUUUAUUCUAACCCCGAGUUCAUCAGUCCCGCAGCUACAAGAGCAAGUAUCAAGAAAGAUGCUGGACAGAAAUACAGAAUUAGGAAAGAAGGUGAAACUCAACGCGAAGAGAGGCAAAAGAGACUCAGAGAGGAUCUACCCGAGGAUCAACUCAGCAGGAAGAAGGUAUUUGCUUAA